AGUAUUGGAUGGGUAGCCAGCUAACCAAUCACGAGCUUUGUUACAGUUUCCAUGGGAAACUGAAAUCACACUCAUGUCCUCCUUCGUCCGCAACUUUGAUGAUACUAGCAAAGAGAUUCGAAAUAGCGACUAGCUAGCAAGGCGAAGCUUAUUCUGCCCAGGAUGUUUUCUUACACACGUCAAUUUACCAGACAAGAAAGAGAAAUUACGGAAAGUGAUAAGAAAAUGAUUGCAAGGGUUUUUGAGAAGUGUGACGAGGACAAGAAGGGGUACCUGAGCAGAGAAGAUGUGAAAAUGGCAGUGGUCAUGCUGUUUGGAUACAAACCAUCAAAGUCAGAAACAAACUUCUUCAUGGAGCAUGCUCUGCAAGGCAAUUUGCCAGCGCUGACCCGGGAUCCCCGCAGCAGCCUCAGCGGACGGGGACUGCCGCUCCUCGAAGUCUUCUUCUUUAAUAAGAUAAACCUGUCAGGACGCAUGCGAAGAACUCGCACCUCACAGCGAAGAGCUAAGUGCGGUGUCCCACUGGAUCUGCUGAUAUCUCUCAUGGGGAAGAAGUUGGCGGUGGCGGAUCAGUAUGACAGAACGAGGCACAUCUUCAACGCCUUCGACGUGCACUGUCGUGGUUUUUUAACGAUGGAGGACUUCCAGAAGGCUUUCGGCCGAGUGGCUCCACAUCUGCCGCAGAGAACGGCGCAGGAGGCGUUUCGGGAGGUGGACCGAGACUCGGACGGCCAUGUCAGCUUCAAGGACUUUGAGCACGCCAUCAGCUACGGGCGAGACAACCUCUAGCUGCUGAGUAAUUGUAGGACUCGCCGAGAAAAUGUUAUUCAUUUAAGGUCGGAAACUAUGGUCAUUAUACAGCAGCGGGGGUGCCUAGUCCUGGGCCGGGGAUGACUGCAGUGUCUGCAUGUUACUGUCUCACCAAAGCACUUACAUACCCAAUUCAGCUAAUUAUCGUUUUCAUUGAACCAAUUUAAGUACUAUUCCCAGCUCUCAGACAGUUAGUAAUUUAGAGCAAGCGAGGAAAACCCGCUAUAGAGCUCAGCAAGACCAGGAUUGGCCAAAGCCAUUUCGCUGCAUAGGCAACAGUAACGGUGAAAUUCAAAAGUCGUGGAAUGUUUCUGCUUGUCGUAGUCUCGCUUUGUGUUCAUGCGGGGAAGCCCAAAAUAUCACUAUCGUGCAGUUGUUCGUCACGCUGUGUUGAAAAGGCUCAUUUGACUUGGCUGAAUGUACACACUCAGAAGACGCUACUCCCUCUUUAUCCUUUUGAUGUGCUCGGCCUUUUAUGCUGCACUAGUCUGCCAGUGUGUACAGGAUGCUUUUUUGUGCACGGUGUUUGUCACUUCCAAGCUAUUAAACUGCAUCUUUAGAGCUGUACGUCUUUUAGCCCCCUCACUAAGUACUCUUCCAUCUGAGAAAUGGGCGGGUUGCAUUAAAAUUGAAUAUUAACAGUCAUAAUAAGAUUCUUUUUUGAAUUCUGUUUUACACAAGCUUCUCCGCUGCUGUAUAUUAAAAAAAAAAACCCAAACGUAUAUUUCCAGGGGAUUUCCAAGGUUCCUCUUGUUACGUAUGAUUAUGGAAUUGUAAAUACUUGUUUGUGUGUUGAGAGAUUUACUGUACUUCCGUCUGAAUAAAGAUGAAUCUGUUUUUGUCAUCA